CACUCAUAGAUUAUUUUUUUCACAUAACUUCUUUGUAGUGCUAGUUUCCAUUGUAUCAAACACUCAACAACCCGAUGGCAACGAGACGGAUAUUGAAAGAACUGAAGGAGUUGCAAAGAGACCCUCCUGUAUCUUGCAGUGCAGGUCCAACAGGAGAAGAUAUGUUCCACUGGCAAGCUACUAUAAUGGGUCCGAACGAAAGUCCGUACGCCGGCGGUGUUUUCCUUGUCAAUAUCCAUUUCCCACCUGAUUAUCCUUUUAAACCUCCUAAGGUUGUAUUCAGAACCAAAGUGUUUCACCCAAACAUCAACAGCAAUGGAAACAUAUGUUUGGACAUUCUCAAAGACCAAUGGAGCCCUGCCCUUACCAUUUCUAAGGUGCUUCUCUCUAUAUGCUCUCUUCUAACAGAUCCAAACCCUGACGAUCCUCUGGUGCCAGAUAUAGCUCACAUAUACAAAACUGACAAGGCCAAAUAUGAAGCCAUGGCUCGAAGCUGGACCCAGAAGUAUGCCUUGUUUUAAGACUCACAAUUUUUUUCCCUUUUCUUUUGGUUUGGUCUUAUUUUGUAAUAAUAAAAAAAGACGUGGAAU